GCACAGUGUGGAGUAGCCGCCACCUAAUUCUCCCUUCAAAAUCUCUCCCAUUUCAUAUAUAUUUACUCUAAACAACCUCAACCCACCUCUGUCCUUUACCCUUUCCUCUCUCUCUGCUUCUCUAUCCUCUCCUCUCCACAAUGGGAUACGGCAGGCUCAACGAAACCGACCCUGGCGGCACUUCCUCCGACGCACCUUCCCACCUCUCCCACCAUGCCGCUUCUCCCAACCCACGGAGAAGCCGCCUUCUCCUUAUCUCCCUCCUCUCUCUCAUUCUCAUCGUCGCUGCCGCUGUCUCUGCCACGUUUCUCGUCGGCCUCCGAACCGCCUCCUCCGUCCGAUCCGACCCCAAUCUCCCUCGAAAACCGACUCAGGCCAUUUCCAAGGCCUGCAGCCGAACUCGCUUCCCGACUCUCUGUGUCAACUCGCUCCUCGAUUUCCCUGGAUCUCUGAACGCCAAUGAACAGGAUCUCGUCCACAUUUCCUUUAACAUGACUCUCCAGCAUCUCAACAAAGCCCUCUACUUCUCCUCUGGAAUCUCCUCUCUGCAAAUGGAUCUUCGCGUACGCUCCGCCUACGAUGCCUGUCUUGAACUCCUCGACGACUCUGUCGACGCCCUUACCCGCUCCUUGCAGUCCGUCGCGCCCUCUUCCUCCAACGGCGGUCCUCAACGCCUUGGCUCCUCCGAUGACGUCAUCACCUGGCUCAGCGCUGCCCUUACCAAUCAAGACACGUGUACGGACGGAUUCUCCCAACUCUCCGGCUCUGUCAAAGACCAAAUGGCCGAUAAACUCCACAAUUUGUCCGAACUCGUCAGCAAUUGCUUGGCACUGUUUUCCGGCAGUGUAACGAGCGAUUUCUCCGGAGUGCCGAUUCAGAACAAGCGCCGGUUGAUGAACGCCGGCGAAAACGAGGAUGCUUCCGGUAACUUCCCCGGCUGGAUGAGUCGGAGAGAGAGGAGGUUACUGACGUUGCCGGUGGGGGCGUUACAGGCCGAUAUUGUGGUUUCUCAGAACGGAAGCGGAACGGUGAAGACGAUCGCGGAAGCGAUCAAAAAGGCGCCGCAGUACAGUAACAGAAGGACGAUCAUAUACGUGAUGGCAGGAAGGUACGAAGAGAAAAAUCUGAAGGUGGGGAGGAAGAAAUGGAACCUGAUGUUUGUUGGGGAUGGCAAGGGUAAAACUGUCAUUUCUGGUGGUAAGAGCAUCUUUGACAACGUCACAACCUUUCACACGGCGUCGUUUGCGGCCACCGGCGCUGGUAUAAUCUUAAGGGACAUGACAUUUGAGAAUUGGGCGGGGCCUGGCCGGCACCAGGCAGUUGCACUUCGAGUUGGCGGCGACCACGCCGUGGUGUACCGCUGCAACAUAAUUGGCUAUCAAGACACUCUCUACGUCCAUUCCAACCGCCAGUUCUACCGGGAGUGUGACAUUUAUGGGACGGUGGAUUUCAUCUUCGGCAAUGCGGCGGUGGUGUUUCAGAACUGCAGCAUCUACGCCCGAAAGGCAAUGGACCUUCAAAAGAACACACUCACCGCCCAAAACCGGAAGGAUCCCAAUCAGAACACUGGAAUCUCCAUCCAUGCGUGUCGGAUUUUGGCCGCCUCCGAUCUGGCGUCGUCCAAUAGCAGCAACCCGACCUAUUUGGGGCGUCCCUGGAAAUUAUACUCCAGAGUCGUGUUCAUGCUAUCGUACAUAGGGAGCCACGUGCACCCACGCGGUUGGCUGGAGUGGAAUGCCACGUUUGCGCUGGACACGCUGUAUUAUGGGGAGUAUAUGAAUUACGGACCGGGUGGGGCGGUGGGUCAAAGGGUGACAUGGCCUGGGUAUCGGGUCAUAACUUCCACGGUGGAGGCGAGUAAGUUCACGGUGGCGCAGUUCAUUUACGGCUCGUCGUGGUUGCCGUCCACGGGAGUUGCAUUCCUGGGAGGGUUAAAUGUGUAAUUUGGGUAAUUGUAUUAUAUAAGGUGGUAAUAAAGAAAGAAGAAAAAAAAAA